AUGUCCAGAUCUAACAGUGUAAGCCCGCCCGGCGUUGGUGCUCCUGGACUAAGGGGAGGGACGGAGCACAGAUCUGCUUGGGGCGAAUCUGAGUCCAUAGCUAACGGAUGUCCAUACUCGGCCAGAUCCUCGAGCAAAAAGCUCGCGCGGUCGAACAGUAGAUGGAGGGAGGAGGAUGACUUCGACCGACAACCGGGACGAGCCACAACAACUGUUAGCCGGGUCAGUUUUAGAUCCAAAUCUGCAUGGCAAGAGCAUGGAGAGGAGAGUCGAAACAAUAACCGAUCUUCCCCAAGGUAUGCAGAUGGAGAAGUGAGACCUAAGUCGGUAGAGUUGGGUUUGGAGGAUAGGAGAGUAAAGCCCAAACCAGAGGAGGAACUCAUGCCAGAAGUUCACUUUUCUAUGGGCGCAUGUUGCAGCAGCGUGAUGCAUAUUUUCAAAUCCAAGAAAUUCCAAUCGGAGAAACUGGAGAGAUUGUACCAGCGCUACUUUUUCCGACUGAAUCAGAGUAGUUUGACCAUGCUCAUGGCCGUUUUGGUUCUCGUAUGUGCGGUUAUGUUGGCGUUCCAUUGCGCCGGCGGCAUCUGUAGAGUGACUUACGUUGUGGUUUUCUCAAUGUCUAUCCUGCUCAUCCUCGUUUUGAUGAUUGUCUGCAAUCGGAACGGAUUUCACCAGGAUCACAUGUGGAUCGUGUGCUAUGUGGUCAUUUUGGUCGUCCUGGUGGUACAGGUGAUAGGUGUACUGCUUGUAGAACCGCGAAGUGCCUCAGAGGGAAUUUGGUGGACCGUGUUUUUCAUCCAUGUCAUCUACACACUACUCCCGGUCCGGAUGCGAGCAGCGGUCAUAACGGGAGUUAUACUGUCUGCUACACAUGUGAUAAUCUCAUGGAAGUUAAACGAAUCGGACAACUUCCUAUGGAAACAGCUGGUGUCCAAUGUGCUGAUCUUCUCCUGCACCAACAUAGUGGGUGUGUGUACACACUACCCAGCGGAGGGCUCACAGAGACAGGCCUUCAAGGAGACCAGGGAAUGCAUCCAGGCACGUCUGCACUCCCAGAGAGAGAACCAACAACAGGAACGCCUCUUACUCUCCGUGCUUCCUCGACAUGUUGCUAUGGAGAUGAAAGCUGACAUAAAUGCCAAGCAGGAAGAUAUGAUGUUUCACAAGAUCUACAUCCAGAAGCAUGACAACGUUAGUAUACUCUUUGCGGACAUCGAGGGGUUCACCAGUCUGGCAUCUCAGUGUACUGCCCAGGAGUUGGUCAUGACACUGAAUGAACUGUUUGCCCGAUUUGACAAACUGGCAGCGGAGAAUCACUGUCUGCGUAUUAAGAUCCUGGGUGACUGCUACUACUGUGUGUCCGGGCUGCCUGAGGCAAGGGCUGACCAUGCCCACUGUUGUGUGGAGAUGGGUGUGGACAUGAUAGAGGCUAUCUCGCUGGUGAGGGAAGUCACUGGUGUUAACGUGAACAUGCGGGUGGGCAUUCACAGUGGCAGAGUCCACUGUGGAGUCCUGGGUUUGCGCAAAUGGCAGUUCGAUGUGUGGUCUAAUGACGUCACGCUGGCCAAUCACAUGGAAGCGGGGGGCAAGGCAGGCCGUAUCCACAUCACUAAGGCCACGCUAAACUAUCUGAAUGGAGACUAUGAAGUGGAACCUGGCUAUGGAGGAGAAAGAAAUGUUUAUCUGAAGAAACACAACAUAGAAACCUACCUCAUAGUGGGCUGCAGCCAGAAACGGAAAGAAGAGAAGGCCAUGAUUGCUAAGAUGAACCGGCAGCGUACUAAUUCAGUCACUCAUAACACGUCUCACUGGACUGACCGGCCCUUUUACAAUCACUUGGGCAGCAACCAAGGAGUCUCCAAGGAGAUGAAGAGGAUGGGCUUUGAAGACCCAAAGGACAAACAUUUCAUUUUCAGAAACACGCAGGAAAACCUUAAUCCGGAGGAUGAGGUGGACGAGUUUCUGGGCCGUGCAAUCGAUGCCCGAAGCAUUGACCGCCUGCGCUCCGAACACGUCAAGAAAUUCCUUCUGACCUUCCGAGAGCCGGACCUUGAAAAGAAGUACUCUAAACAGGUGGACUCCAGGUUUGGAGCCUACGUGGCCUGUGCCUCUCUUGUCUUCUUGUUCAUCUGCUUUAUUCAGAUUGUCAUCGUACCACAUUCCAGUUUGAUGAUUGGGUUCUAUGUGACGUGUUUGAUCCUUUUGAUGGCGGUCAUGUUUGUUUCAGCUGUCUACUCCUGUUUUGGGUUUUUUCCGGUACCCCUUCAAAACCUGUCCAAGAGGAUCGUUCAGUCCAGACUCAACAGCACCCUCGUGGGUGUUUUCACCAUCCUUCUGGUCUUUCUCUCCGCCUUCAUUAACGUUUUCACCUGUAGUACUUAUGACCUGAAGACAUGUCUGGGGAGGGAGUUCAAUAUCAGCCCGAGCAGUGUGAACGCCUGCCAUGUGCUCAGCUCUGCUCUGAAUUACUCCCUCAGCACAUUCGAGGGCCCCUGUGGCAGCUCCUCACCAACCUGCAACUUCCCAGAGUACUUCUCUUCCUGUGUAUUGCUGAGUCUGUUGGCCUGCUCAGUGUUUCUGCAGGUCAGCAGCAUAGGAAAACUCUUCCUCAUGCUCUUCAUCGAGGUGGUCUACGUAAUUAUCCUGGAAGUACCUGAGGUUAAUCUGUUUGACAACGUGGACCUGCUGGUGUUGGCCAAUGCUAUUGAACACAUCAAUGGAACAAGCUGUGUGACAGACUCCAAGGUUCCUUUGAAGAUCAUGACUCCAGUGGUCAUUACGGUAUUUGUAUUGGCGCUGUACCUACACGCUCAGCAGGUGGAGUCGACGGCCAGGCUGGACUUCCUGUGGAAGCUGCAGGCCACUGAGGAGAAAGAGGAGAUGGAGGAACUCCAGGCUUACAACCGCCGCCUCCUCCACAACAUCCUCCCAAAAGACGUGGCCGCCCACUUCUUGGCGCGCGAGCGCCGGAACGACGAACUCUACUACCAGUCGUGUGAAUGUGUGGCCGUCAUGUUCGCCUCCAUCAGCAACUUCUCAGAGUUCUACGUAGAGCUGGAGGCCAACAACGAGGGCGUGGAGUGUCUGAGGCUCCUGAACGAGAUCAUCGCUGAUUUUGAUGAAAUCAUCAGUGAAGAUCAGUUCCGCCAGCUAGAGAAGAUUAAGACCAUUGGAAGCACCUAUAUGGCUGCGUCUGGCCUCAAUGACUCCACCUACGACAAGGUUGGACGCUCCCACAUCCGCGCCCUUGCCGACUACGCCAUGCGGCUCAUGGACCAAAUGAAGUACAUCAAUGAGCAUUCAUUCAAUAACUUCAAAAUGAAGAUUGGCCUCAACAUGGGUCCAGUAGUGGCAGGCGUCAUAGGGGCUCGUAAACCCCAGUAUGACAUCUGGGGAAACACAGUGAACGUAGCCAGUCGCAUGGACAGCACUGGGGUUCCAGAGAGAAUACAGGUCACCACUGAUCUGUACCAGGUCUUGAACUCCUACAACUACACACUAGAGUGCCGUGGGGUCGUUAAGGUCAAGGGUAAAGGGGAAAUGAUGACCUACUUCUUGAACGGAGGACCCAGCAGUAGUUAA